CUCUAAGAGCAUUAACUGUAGAGUGUUCUGGCGGUGACAGGGCUGUCAGGGUCAGAUGGCUGCUCAGCCUGAUUAGACCAGCUCACAGCAGAUCCUCAGCCCAGCACACCACACCGCUACAAGCGAGGUACAGCUCCAGUCUGGCACGUACAGUACACUGCAGCGGUUACUGAGAGGCCAGGGGGGACAGGAGAGAGGUGGAGAGUUCAGUGUUAUAGUGGGGCAGAGCUACAGGUUGUUGCAUUUCAUUUUACUGCUGCUUGACUACCAGACAGUUCAGCUUCUAGUGGCAGAAAAAGACUAAAAGCAGGCGGACUUUGCUGUGAGAAAGAAGAACUCAUGUUUAGUCUGGCUGGAGAUGACAUUUAAUAGCAGAAUUGCUGGUUGAUGGAGUUUGUGCGGCGGAGUGGUGACUACUGCCACGCCCAACACAUUUAGACCCUGUCUGGGAUGAAGCUGCACCAUGCAGUCCUGCGGCCCUGAAACCUGAAAGACUACUGGCCUUCGCCCUCUGAACCAGCCAGCUCAUGGGGUAAUAAGUGGAGCCUCGACACUGAAAGCUAACCGGAGAGAGAAGGAAAGAGAGAGCUACUGAGAGACAAAGAGAGAAAAGGACUGGGCAAAGAGAGAGAUAAAAACAAAGAGACGAACAGAGAGAGAGAGAGAGCUGACACUCUGUGGCCUCCUCGACUAUAGGAUACAGUCAACUGAUGGGGUAAUACAAGACAACAGGACCUCACAUUUGGGAAAAUACCUUAAACGGCUAUAAACAGUCUCCCAAUAGGAAGUUCCACAAGGGAGAGGAAGUCCAGAGUCACCUAUAGACCUGAUAUAGGUUGAAGUCACAGCAGCUAACUGCUGCAGCUGGAGCUAAAGGUCAUCCUGGGAUGUCAAAGGUCACACUGGCAGCCAUGAACCGUCCAGCUCCAGUGGAACUGUGCCACAAGAACAUGAGAUUCCUGAUCACUCACAACCCAACAGACGGCACACUCAGCUCCUUCAUAGAGGACCUGAAGCACUACGGUGCCACCACAGUUGUUCGAGUCUGUGAUAUCACCUACGAUAAAACACCAUUGGAGAAGGAUGGCAUUAAUGUGGUGGAUUGGCCAUUUGAUGAUGGAGCCCCACCCCCCAGUAAACUGGUUGAUGAUUGGUUGAGUCUGCUGAAGAAGAAGUUUCAGGAGGAUCCAGGAUGCUGUGUGGCUGUUCACUGUGUGGCUGGACUUGGGAGGGCUCCUGUGCUGGUUGCUCUGGCACUGAUAGAGAGCGGGAUGAAGUAUGAAGAUGCUAUUCAACUCAUCAGACAGAAGCGUCGUGGAGCCAUCAAUAGUAAACAGCUCACUUACCUGGAGAAAUAUCGAUCCAAGCAGAGACUCCGAUUCAAAGACUCUCACGCACACAAGAACAAGUGUUGCACUAUGUGAACACACACACACGCGCACAGACACACACACACACACACACACACACACACAUCUUGUACCCCUCAACAAAUGCUCUCAGGAAUCCAACCAUACGAGCCUUGUGUCACUGUCACAAAAACUAAAAUAUACGGGCUUCAUUAGUCCAAGUGUACCCUGGGAAUUUUUGAAUGUUUUCAAGGAAAUUGUAUUGGAGCCCAUCUUUGUUCCCUUGUUUGUAAUGAUUUAUUGUCUUUUAAAGAUGAUUUUAUUGGCAUGUUUGCUUCAUAAUAUAGUUUACAGUGAAAGAUGGCAAAAAUAGCUGAAGGAGAGAAAAUAAUAUUUAGAAUGUACUUUAUUGGUACUAAAGUUGGCUUAGAGAUAACGUGUUGAAGCUUCAAUCACAUGCAUGUAACUUGUAGGACUGAUAUAUUAUACAUAAUGUAUUGGCCUUCAAUAGCAUUGGAUUUCCAUUAUUUUGUCAUUUAUGUUCAAUAUCUUGAAAUUUCACCAUAAUCACAGUGUAAAAUUACACACAGUAUUUUUGUGUUUGUGUUAUGUCAACACUUUUUAAACAAUGUUGGUAGAGUAAAACUGAAACACUGAAACACAGGAAUAACAUCUUAAGAGCUCAGUAUUUUUACUGUAAAUUAGCAUCAAUACUUUAUGUUGAUCCUCUAUUUUACAUUAUUCCUGUUGGGGUCUGCUGUCAGUGUAACAGGAGAUAAGGGCUCAUUUCCAUCCCAGCAUUUCUACCAUUUGUCUACAAUCAGCAUUAAAAUGAGUUUCUAAAAUGCUAGAUGAAGCAUUUUGGUAAAAAUAACGCCUUCAUUUGGUUUUUGUCAAUGUCCAUGUUUUAAUAUUACUUCAUUGUGCUCAAGUGUUUACAUAUCAGUGUGUGCAUUACAGCAUAUUAUGCUCUGUUUACUGACACCCACAGAAGGAAACAUCUUUGGUAACAGAUUUCAAGCCAGGUUUAAUAUGUAUUAUAAAAAAAGGAAAGGUUAAUAAUUCUAUAGUAAUAAUAUAUUACACAUUCUAAAAUGUAAACUAGUUGUAAAUAUUACAUUUCUUACUUUUAUUCUCCUAGAAGUCAGGGUGAACCACUCCUCCUAUUCACUGACUACACACAUGUGCAAAGAAAAUUUAAUAACUGCAGGUAUUACAAAUAUAUUUUUUUAUUUUCCUGUAACUUUUCAUCUUAUCAUCCAAUGAUAUAUGAAUAAAUGGAGUAACAUGUCAAAUCCUAGCACAAAUAUUGCUAUUCAUCAUCACAUCUUUUAGAUUAGAUUAUCUUAUACAUAUUUUCUUGUGGGGUGUAGUUUACUCAUUCAUUUGUGUUAUUCCUCAAAGAUGCAUGUAACCAACUGCUUCUGACACUUCAUUCAUUUUUCAUUCAAAAUUGAUAUUUUUGCUGAUGAUAGAGCAUGCACUUUUUAUGGAUUAGCAGACUGCUUGUGAUAGUCUUCUCAUCUGUGUUAUGAAAAACGUGAUGUCCUGAACAACAAUUUGUGAGAAAGUGAUGAGAGCAGAGGGUGUAAAAUUGAAGUACAGAAGCAGCAGAGAUGGAGAAGAGAGGAAAGAGGAUCUACCAUCUUUACAUGAGAGCUUUUCCUUUUUUAACAAAUUGGCUACAGUUUACUUGUUCAAGUGUGUGCGUGUGUUUGUUUGAGUGCAUGUGUUUGGUAGUCUUUAGCUAUUUGGGACUGCCCUGAGCCGACACUUUUUUUUUGUAAUGUAAAAAACAAAUGCUGUAAAUGUCUGUCUGUAAAUUCUUGCAUUGUUUAAUAAAGGUUUUGUCAUUGUCCCUAUCUUAAUAA